UUUGCUCCUUUACCUUUUUACAGUUAUUGUACCCAGUUAUUUUAUACCGAUUGAUUUAUUCAGGCAAAGUGCUCUUCCUCUUUUGCUGUCUCUCUAUCAAAAAAAGUAGCACAUAUCUUAUCAUUCUGUUAUUUACACUUUUUUUCAGAGUAUGAAAAAUAUGUCAUGUUUGAAGCUGAACAUCAACAGAAGCAAGGCCCCUAAGAAAAUGGGAACUUUGAAGGACAUUUCUCUGUUUGGCAGUUUUGCAUUUCCUAUGGAUGGAGAGUAUGCAAGUGGAUUGGUAGCUCAAUCACUGGCUGGUGUAGGGAAAAUGGUAAAGAAGACCAAGGUGCAAGUAAAAAAGCUGGCUUCAAGAGAAUCCUGCUUGGCUGGUGCGACGGGGUCUUCUAUUUCAUCAGAGCUUCCAGAGCCUCUGGAAAGGCAGUCAGCUGUUUCCAUUCAGCCACAAGAUGUCUACACCAUCCGAUUUAUCAAUCAUGCUCCUGAAACAGUGCUGGCUCCAACCCUAGAUAAUGUUCCCCGGCCAUCCUCUUUCCCUUCACCACCCAGUGGGUUUGCAUUAAAGAAAAACUCUGGCAAGAAAACUGUGUUCAGCUUAGCCCAGAAAGAGAUUAUGAUGUUGUUUUACAACAGGCAAGCUACCGGUGGCAUGCGGGCUGACCCAAAAGAUGUAAUUGCAUGCAUGAGAGAGAGAGGAGUGGAGGUACUUAAGGAGCAACAAAUAAGAAGCUGGUGGAGCAUGUAUCAUCAAAAGAGGAAAAGAUCCUUAAAUGCCUUAACCAAUGACGCAUGCAAUCCGACUUCUCAACAGCACCCUGUUCAACCACCAUCAGUAUCAGCUCACGCCUGCAUCCCAGCAACCCUCGGUUGCCACUACGUGUGCACCCCAGCAACCCUCAGGUCAUGCAGCUCCAGUACCAGCUCCCACUUCGCCUGCAUCCCAGCAACCCUCAGCUCACGCAACUCCAUUGAUGGCUACCACUGCACCUGGAAACCAGCAACAUUCAGGUCAUGCAGCUCCAGUGCCAGCUCAAACUACGCCUGCAUCCCAGCAACCCUCAGGUCACACAACUCAAGGGAUGGCCGCCACUAUGCCUGCAUCCCAGCAACCCUCAGGUCAUGCAGCUCCAGUGCCAGCUCACACUACGCCUGAAUCCCAGCAACCCUCAGGUCACACAACUCAAGGAAUGGCCGCCACUAUGCCUGCAUCCCAGCAACCCUCAGGUCAUACAGCUCCAGUGCCAGCUCAUACUACGCCUGCAUCCCAGCAACCCUCAGGUCAUGCAGCUCCAGUGCCAGCUCACACUACACCUGCAUCUCAGCAACCCUCAGGUCACACAACUCAAGGGAUGGCCACCACUAUGCCUGCAUCCCAGCAACCCUCAGGUCAUGCAGCUCCAGUGCCAGCUCACACUAUGCCUGCAUCCCAGCAACCCUCAGCUCACGCAACUCAAGUGAUGGCUGCCACUACGCCUACAUCCCUGCCAACCUCAGCUCACGCAACCCCAGUGACGGCUGCCCCCAAGCCUACAAACCAGCAACCCUCAGCUCACGCAAUGCCAGUGUUGGUUUCAUUUGCACCUGCAGCACCAGUGUAUACACUGUAGUACACUAUUUUACUUUUUGCUUCAUAAAAUACUUUAGUGUAAUCUUUCCUACAAUGGAAAGCAAAACGCACAUUAAGAGGAAUCAAUAA